CCACGCACCACGAAGUAGGCAUCGAGCCCCAGAAGAACGUUCGUGGUGCUGUAUGUUGUUUUUGUCGUCAUCACCUCGCCCGGCAGUCUCACAGUAGAGAGUCACCGACUCCUCGGCCAGCUUAUUAGGAAGAUCCGUAACUUAUACACUGUCCAGGUGGGCUCGAGCACAAACGCGGCGCACGGAGAGCCGCUGAUGAGAGAGAGACAGAGUGAGAGAGAGCGCUAGAGCGGUGAGCGCCCAGCAGGGACCAAUUCGCAGACGCGCUUGCCUCGUUCGAGACACGCGCCCCUGUCGUACCAUCAGCAGCCGACCCGACUCGCCCAGCCAGCCAGUGGGCAAAAAGUCAACAAAUCCAAUCAGUGCGGCCCCCCCCUGGGCCAAGCAGAACACGGCACCACAGCGCACUACGACGCACCUCAACCGAACGCACCAGCACCGCAGCUCCCUCGCCAGGGCCCCUCCUACCCCUGUCGCCCAAAUUUCCCCCACCUAUUUUCUUCUCCCCCCGUCCCUCGCACGCACCCCGAAGCACCUCCUCCCAAGCCAACCUUCACCCGUACCCAACCCGUGGCGAGCAAAAAUCACAGGAUCCGGUCUUGCGACUCCCUGCGUUCGUCCAUCUCCUGUUUCCACCUUACAUUAUCCCCAGAUACCUGAGAACGUGCUUCACACAAGUCCGUCAUCAUGCGUGAGGUUAUCAGCAUCAACGUCGGCCAGGCUGGUUGCCAGAUUGCCAACUCCUGCUGGGAGCUGUACUGCCUCGAGCACGGUAUCCAGCCCGAUGGCUACCUCACCGAGGAGCGCAAGGCCCAGGAGCCCGACCAGGGCUUCAGCACUUUCUUCUCCGAGACUGGCCAGGGCAAGUACGUCCCUCGCGCCAUUUACUGCGAUCUUGAGCCCAAUGUCGUCGACGAGGUCCGCACCGGCCCUUACCGCAACCUCUUCCACCCGGAGAUGAUGAUCACGGGCAAGGAGGAUGCUUCCAACAACUACGCUCGUGGCCACUACACCGUCGGCAAGGAGCUCAUCGAGGGCGUCCUCGACAAGAUCCGCCGCGUCGCCGACAACUGCGUUGGUCUCCAGGGCUUCCUCGUCUUCCACUCCUUCGGCGGUGGUACCGGCUCCGGUUUUGGUGCCCUCCUCAUGGAGCGCCUCUCCGUCGACUACGGCAAGAAGAGCAAGCUCGAGUUCUGCGUUUACCCUGCUCCCCAGACCGCCACGUCCGUCGUCGAGCCGUACAACUCCAUCCUGACCACCCACACCACCCUCGAGCACUCUGACUGCUCCUUCAUGGUGGACAACGAGGCCAUUUACGAUAUCUGCCGCCGCAACCUGGGUUUGGAGCGCCCCAACUACGAGAACCUGAACCGCCUGAUUGCUCAGGUCGUUUCGUCCAUUACUGCUUCUCUCCGGUUUGACGGCUCCCUCAACGUCGACCUGAACGAGUUCCAGACCAACCUGGUGCCCUACCCCCGUAUCCACUUCCCUCUGGUUGCGUAUGCCCCCGUCGUCUCGGCGGCCAAGGCCGCCCACGAGGCCAACUCGGUCCAGGAGAUGACCAUGUCCUGCUUCGAGCCCAACAACCAGAUGGUCAAGUGUGACCCCCGUCAAGGCAAGUACAUGGCUACCUGCCUGCUGUACCGCGGCGACGUGGUCCCCAACGACGCCCACGCUGCCGUUGCCACUCUCAAGACCAAGCGCACCAUCCAGUUCGUCGACUGGUGCCCCACUGGCUUCAAGCUCGGUAUCUGCUACCAGGCUCCCGAGAACGUGCCCAACGGCGACCUCGCCAAGGUCAACCGCGCCGUCUGCAUGCUUUCCAACACGACCGCCAUCGCCGAUGCUUGGAGCUCCCUGUCUAUGAAGUUCGAUCUCAUGCACUCCAAGCGUGCGUUCGUGCACUGGUACGUUGGUGAGGGUAUGGAGGAGGGCGAGUUCUCCGAGGCGCGUGAGGAUUUGGCUGCUCUGGAGCGUGACUACGAGGAGGUUGCCGCCGACUCGAUGGGUGACGACGAGCUGGACGCCGAGUACUAAGCAGAGUAGCCGAGAGUCGUGUUUGCAGAGGUCGCGGCACUGUUGAUUCUACACCAGAUCAGGCCUUUUGUCAUACCCUGGACUUCACAUAAAGGGUGUACUUUUCUCUAGGUCACAAGCCACUCCAGUAUUUUAAUGUUCAGAAACAAAGAUGACAUGCC